AUGGGGGCGGGGGGCCGGCGGGCCGAGCAGCGAGCCCUGUCGCGGGCGGUGCGGUGCCUGGAACAGCUGGAGGGGCUGUGCGGGGACCCCGGGCUGGGCGCCAGCCCCCCGUCGCUGCCCGACCUGGUGCCCCAGAGCUUGACCCUGCUGAGGCUGAUCCAGGUCCGACGGGGCGGGGGGUCGGCGGGGGUCGGCAACGAGGGGCCCGGGGGCGCGGCGGACUUCCUGGCCGUGUUUCUGAACAACCUGGCGGCCAAGACCAGGCAGGUGGCCGAGCUGUUCCCCGGGCGAGGCCGAGCGGGGGCCGGAGCGGGGAGAGAGGACAUCUUCAGGGAAGGACCGACCGCCACGACGGCCAGGCGCCACCUGACCAAGCUGUCACUCAUCUUCAGCCACAUGCUGGCCGAGCUCUCCGCCCUCUUCCCGGACGGCCAUUACUGCGGUCCCGACUACCGGCUCACCAAGACUGAGGCCCACGCCUUCUGGCGGCAGCACUGUGGGGAGCGGUGUGUGGUGCCGUGGGAGGAAUUCAAGACCCUGCUGGGGACGCUGCACCCGGUGGAACCAGGUCCCAUGGCCCUCGCCCUGCGGUCCACUAUUGACCUCACAUGUAGUGGCCACAUCUCCAUCUUUGAGUUUGACAUCUUCACUCGCCUCUUCCAGCCAUGGCCAACGCUCCUGAAGAACUGGACAGUCUUGGCCGUCACUCAUCCCGGCUAUAUGGCUUUCCUGACCUACGACGAGGUCCGAGCCCGGCUGCAGGCAUUCCGGGGAAAACCGGGCAGCUACAUCUUCCGUCUAAGCUGCACCCGCCUAGGGCAGUGGGCCAUCGGCUACGUGAGUGAGGAUGGCAGCGUCUUGCAGACCAUCCCCCAGAACAAGCCCCUCUUCCAGGCCCUGAUGGAGGGGCAGCGAGAGCACUUCUACCUCUACCCAGAUGGGAAGAACACCAACCCAGAUCUCUCUGAGCUCUGCCAAGUGGAGCCUCACAAGCAGAUUGAGGUGUCUAAGGAGCAGUUCCAGCUGUACUGUGCCAUGGACUCUACUUUCCAACUGUGUAAGAUCUGUGCUGAGAGCGAUAAGGACGUCAAAAUUGAGCCUUGUGGUCACCUGCUCUGCUUCCGCUGCCUGGUGGCCUGGCAGCAGUCGGAUGGGCAGACAUGCCCCUUCUGCCGCUGUGAGAUCCGGGGCCGGGAACCAGUGAGGAUUCAGCCCUUCCAGGAAGGAGAGAGGACCACCGGGCAAGGCUGGAGGGAGGAACGGGAGGACGGAGAUGAAGAGGGGGAGGAGGAGGACGAUGACGACGAUGAUCUGGAAGACGUGGAGGCUGCUCUGAAACAGUUGAACCGCACAUUUUCACCCCAACUCCCCCCUCCAGUCCCGCCCAGGCUGGACCUGCUCACAAAGAGAGGUGGUGACAACAGACCCCAGCCACAAACUCCUAACCCCAGCCAACCUGAGCCCCCACCCCGGCUCCGUCCUCCUCGUCCCCUCCCCCGGACCCUUCCCCUGUCCUCUGCCUCCUGGGAUGGCUCCGCCCCCUCUCAGCCCAACCAGGAGGGCAACAGGACCCAGUGUACGUGUCGGGGAGAAGUGCCUGAAGACAGGUGACCUCCGACCUCCCACCUCCAGCACUGUUACCAGGGGAAGGGGGGUUGUUUUUUGGGGUGGGGGAGAUAGCAGGGCAAGGAGGCGGGAUUGAGGGGGCCUGUGAAGAGUGAAAUAAAGAGAAGAGUGGACACUGGA